CAAGGUCAUUAAGUUGAAGGUCAGCUAUAUAUAUUUAUUUGUCUACAUAGCUCUGUUCAUUAAUUCUCUCUCGCUCAGUCGCUUCAAUCAAGCUCAAGAUUGAUAUCCACCCGAGAUGACCGAAAGGUUGGCCGCAAGAGGGAUCAUGGUAAACAAAUAUAAUUGGGAUGACGGUCCUGACCAUGAUGAUGUAACAAAGAUAUAUGUAGGACUUGGAGAGAAAGGCAUACGUUAUAUUUACUGUGACUAUGUCAAGAGUGGAAUACAGAAAGAAGGAUCAUUCCAUGGUAUGAUGUAUCGUUGUUGCACUUGCAUACAGAUGUUUGAGAUUGACCAUUUAAGAAAUGAACACCUAGAAUCUGUUGAUAGUUACUACGCUGACCCUGUUGGUAUUACAGCACUUCAAUUCAAAACAAAUUUCAGGACAUCUGAACUCUUUGGAUUUGAAGAAAAGGGUACAAAGUUUACGCUGGCAGUCGCAGGGAAGAAGAUAAUUGGACUUCACGGGUCUGCUCUUGUGCAUGUUCACUCUCUUGGAGCAUAUUUGACUUGGAUCACUCCUAUUAGACUGGAUGAGAAAGGAGGUAAGGGAGGCAAAGAGUGGGAUGACGGAUCAGACCAUGACAAUGUAUCAAAGAUUCAUGUACGAGGUGGUUUUGACUAUGUCAAGGAUAGAAAAGUGCUAGAAAAUGGGUCUACCCAUGGUGUCUCUAGCAGAGGUUUCACACAGACAAAAAAGGAAGAAACGGCGACGAAACCUCCUCAAGCAGAGAAGAAACCUACCGCCGCCGAUGGUGGUGCGAUGACCAUGAUGGAGUCGAAAGUGGUACAUCACCGGUUCGAAGGACAUCAAACCGGCCAAGGAUUCCAAACCGCAAAUACAAUUAAUUAUGUGGUUUGUGUUAUUUGUUAUUUUUGUUGUUUCAUGUUUCAGUCAAUAACGAGAGUAGUGGUCUUCCUGGUGUUAAGGAACCAACUCUCACACUUUCCCCAUUUUCUUGUUCGUAGGAGUUGCGACUCCAUCACUUUGUUUUGUUCAGCUAUUUAA